AUGCCACACCAAGGCAGGCGCCGUAAUCACAGAGGCGAUGGUAACCAAUACAAUGGUGACCGGGAUGGUAAUAUCAACAACGGCGGAAACUGGACCCGGGGAGGUAGUAGCAGCAGCAGCGACAGCCGCCAGUGGAACGGGGACGGCAACGAUUGGAACCAUGGCAGGAAUAACAGGAAUAACAGGCGCGGGAACGAACACGGGAACGGCUCGGGCAACCACAAACACAGAGGCAACGGUAACCGGUACAACAAUUUCAGCAAUCGACCGCCGUGGGCAGACUAUAUCCUGACUCUCCUGUGGGAGGAGACUUUCAAUCCGGCAACACUCCGAGAUCUCGUAUCUGCAACGACAUACAUGCUGGAAUUGGCCUGGAUCAAGCGCCGGAAGACUGGCAUGACGGAGCAGGCCAUUGUCCGGGAGUUCCAGAUCCCGUUGCCAGAUUGCGUGAGGCUCCAAGAGAUGAGUCGGAGAAUGAUCGACAUCUCCCUGAUGCCUGACAUCGAGGGCGACACCCCCAUGAGUGGCGCUGACGGCUACCCGUUUCUCAGCGGCCAGAACGCCCUAGGCCCAGCAGCCCUCGGCCACGAAACCGUUGGAAGAAUCAUCGGCCUGGGCGUUUAA